ACCCUUGAGUUUUCGCCUCUGCCUUGUGCCUCAGACUGACAGGUGCUCCCAGCAACUUGCUGGUGACUUCUCGCCGCUCCCCCGUCUCCCUUGUGUCCCCACCCCCUCUUUUCCUCCCUCGCCUUCACCCCCACCCCCACCACUUCGGCACAGCUCAGGAUUUGUUUAAACCUUGGGAAACUGGUUCAGGUCCAGGUUUUGCUUUGAUCCUUUUCAAAAACUGGAGACACAGAAGAGGGCUCUAGGAAAAAGUUUUGGAUGGGAUUAUGUGGAAACUACCCUGCGAUUCUCUGCUGCCAGAGCAGGCUCGGCGCUUCCACCCCAGUGCAGCCUUCCCCUGGCGGUGGUGAAAGAGACUCAGGAGCCGCUGCUUCCAAAGUGCCCGCCGUGAGUAAGCUCUCGCCCCAAUCAGCCAAAUGCUCCUCUUCGGGCUUCUCCUGCUGACAUCUGCCCUGGUCGGCCAGAGACACGGGACUCAGGCGGAGUCCAACCUGAGUAGUAAAUUCCAGUUCUCCAGCAACAAGGAACAGAACGGAGUACAAGAUCCCCAUCAUGAGAGAAUUAUUACUGUGUCUUCUAAUGGAAGCAUUCACAGUCCGAGGUUCCCUCAUACUUAUCCAAGAAACAUGGUCUUGGUAUGGAGACUAGUAGCAGUAGAAGAGAAUGUAUGGAUACAGCUAACAUUUGAUGAAAGAUUUGGUCUUGAAGACCCAGAAGAUGACAUAUGCAAGUAUGACUUUGUAGAAGUUGAGGAACCCAGUGAUGGAACUAUUUUAGGGCGCUGGUGUGGUUCUGGUGCUGUUCCAGGAAAACAGAUUUCUAAAGGAAAUCAAAUCAGGAUACGAUUUGUAUCUGAUGAAUAUUUUCCUUCUGAACCAGGGUUCUGCAUCCACUACAACAUUGUCACUCCACAAUUCACAGAAGCUGCAAGUCCGUCAGUGCUUCCCCCUUCAGCUUUGCCGCUGGACCUACUUAAUAAUGCAGUCACUGCAUUUAGUACUUUGGAAGACCUUAUUCGGUAUCUUGAACCAGAUAGAUGGCAGUUGGACUUAGAAGAUCUAUAUAGGCCGAAUUGGCAACUUCUUGGAAAAGCAUUUGUUUUUGGAAGAAAAUCCAGAGUGGUGGAUCUAAACCUUCUGAAAGAGGAGGUGAGAUUAUACAGCUGCACACCUCGUAACUUCUCAGUGUCCAUAAGGGAAGAGCUGAAGAGAACAGAUACCAUUUUCUGGCCAGGCUGUCUAUUGGUUAAACGCUGUGGUGGAAACUGUGCUUGUUGUCUCCACAAUUGCAAUGAGUGUCAGUGUGUCCCAAGCAAAGUUACCAAAAAGUAUCAUGAGGUCCUUCAGUUAAGACCAAAGAUUGGUGUCAGAGGAUUGCACAAAUCCCUCACCGAUGUGGCGCUGGAGCACCAUGAGGAGUGUGACUGUGUGUGCAGAGGGAGCACGGGAGGAUAACUGCAGCGCCAAUGCACGGCUGCUUCUGUUACAGAAUUGAUACAUAAUCUGCAUCCGUAAUCUCAGUUGUUUGCACCAGGAACCUUUCAUCUCCAGGAUUUAUAGUACUUUCUGAAAGAGAAGUCACCAAACGGAAUUUGGAGUGUACAGCAGUUCUACUGCCUGCAGGCCCAAAGAAUGAGAUGAAAAGGUCUUCAA